AUGUCCGCUCAGGGACUGCUGAGCAGCGUUUUCUCCUGCUCACUGAGCCCCAGAAGUCUUUCCAAGAGGAAGCUGAGGCAGACCAGGAGCUUGGAGACGACGCUGAUGCGGCACUAUGGCACCGAGGCUGAGGAGACUCCGUGUAAGGGUGACUUCACCUGGAACAGCACAUUGGGACACAGUGUCUGCCUGAAGCCGGUCCCCCUGCAAAGCCUCUCAGAACUGGAGCGGGUUCGUCUUCAGGAAGUUGCCUUCAGGCGAUUGGUUCGGUGUCAUGACUUGGGCUGCCACAUCACCAUCCCUAAAGAUGGCCACAAGCACAAGACCUUUCUUAUGAAGAAACUGGAUUCAUUAUCUAAAGAGAAGAGUAAAGAUAAAGAGACCACUCCGCAGGUUUUCGGCAUACCGCUGUCACACGUCAUAGCCAACGAUCGCAUGCACAAGCUGCGGCAUGAUCACCUGCGAGAGGAGCACAGUAACCCCACAGAAUCCACGCACCUGUCCUUCAGCUUCAAGAAGUCCAACAGGGAGCUCUCCAGCAGCAGCUCGUCCCUGAGCUCCACCUCUGAGAGCCAUAAUGAGUCGCCUCUGUCCAGCACAGCGGACACAGCUCCGUGGACGCAGAGGAGGGGCGGGGUGUCUGUGGAUUGCAUCACCGACCUCGAUGAUAAUCAGUCCCGGCUCUUGGAGGCCCUUCAGCUGUCUCUGCCCGACGAGGCGGCCGGUAACAGAAAGAAACCCCGUGACAAGAAGCUCAGCCUCAACCCGGUCUACAGACAGGUUCCCAGGAUAGUGGAUCUCUGCUGCCAGCACCUGGAAAAAUACGGCUUGCAGACUGUUGGAAUUUUCCGCAUUGGGAGUUCCAAGAAAAGAGUACGGCAGCUUCGUGAGAGGUUCGAUCAGGGCUGGGAGGUGCAUGUUUAUGACGAGCAAAGUGUCCACGAUGUAGCUGCUUUGUUGAAGAAAUUCCUCCGAGACUUGCCUGACCCGCUGCUGACGAGGGAACUCUACACUGCCUUCAUCCACACAAUGCUUCUGGAUUAUUUAGAGCAACAGAGUGCCAUCCAGCUCCUGGUGUUUUUGCUUCCUCACUGUAACAGCGACACGCUGCACAGUCUCCUCUCGCUGUUGUCCACUGUGUCCAAACAGGCGGAGGACUGCCGGGACAGUGAGGGACAGCAGAUCUCAGGAAACAAGAUGACAUCUCGCAACUUGGCCACCAUCUUUGGGCCCAACCUGUUACACAAGCAGAAGAACUUGGACAAAGAGUUUGCGGUUCAGAGUUUUGCUCGUGCAGAACAAAGUUCAGCCAUCAUCAGUGUUGUCCAAAGGAUGAUCGAUGCCUUUGAUGAGUUAUUUAUGGUUCCUGCAGACCUGCAGAACGAGGUGCUCAUGAGUUUGCUUGAAACUGAUCCGGAUGUUGUGGAUUAUUUGUUACGGAGGAGAGACUCUCAGUGCAGGGAAUCAGACCUUCUUAGACCUGAGGAUUCAUUCUCUCUGACUGAAUCGCUGUCCAAUGACUCCCUUAAAGCAUCCAGCGGAGAGGUGUCCCCUUACGACAAUAACUCCCCGGUGCUCUCAGACCGACUGCUCUGUAAAUACCCAGAGGACAGCGGUCUAAUCUCACGCCGGGUUCCCAGACAUUCCAGGCAGGAUGAGCUGAGCGGCCAUUCAAAAGAUGAAGUGAGCAGCACUUCUCCAACACUCUCUACUGACAAAGAAGCCUCGGGGGAUUGUUUCUGGGACACCUGGCAGGAGCUGUUUGGGAAGGAUUUUAUUGGUUGUCACUUCACCGGCUCGCUCAAAGACGCAUCAGAAUAUGACUCGAACGGCUCGUCGGAGAAGCUGAGCGGUCACCAUGGCAACAACAAGCUACCCGUCAGUCCAGCACAAACACCAUUGGGUGUUUGGGAGUGCAGGCCACCCCUCCCGGUGACUCGCAGCAGCUGUAGUCCUGAUCAGAGAGAAGAGAGGCGGCAGGAAUCAUCGCCACGCCAGUCACCGGGCAGCCAAUCAGGAACCUUAGCACAACGGAUGGGAUGCCCCCCGUGCCCAUCACUUGUGGACAGGACACAUAGUUCAUCUCUGCCUCUGUGCUCUUUAGGAGAAAGCUCCUUUUCUCACUCGGUGCUCUCCAUUUUGAGCCAUCAGACAGAUUUCUGCACUCUACAACUGCCCCAGCAGAGCCCUGGCCUCCAGACUGUAGAUGCAACAGAUGCCUCGAGGCCUGCAAAGGAAAACGUCUCAGAUAAAACCAACGGACAGAGAGAAAAGUGGUGCGUUUGGCAGGUGCUGUCGGGUGAAAACACAGAGACUCUGCCAGAAAGUUUAGUAUGA